GAAAUUAAUUUGCUUUUUUGUUCACUCCAGCUUUGCUUUGUGGUGUUUUGGACGCCUCAUGUGUCCGAGAAGAUCCUGGUUGAUGUCAUUGGAGUGGAGUACGCUUUUGCUGAGCUGUGCGUGGUCCCGCUCAGAAUCUUCUCCUUUUUCCCGUUGCCAGUGACUGUUCGGGCUCAUUUGACUGGAUGGCUCAUGACCCUGAAAAAGACCUUUGUGUUGGCCCCCAGCUCGGUUCUCCGCAUCAUUGUCCUCAUCACCAGUCUAGUUGUGCUGCCUUAUAUGGGGGUUCACGGGGCCACACUCGGGGUUGGAUCCCUCUUAGCCGGGUUCAUAGGGGAGUCAACAAUGGUUGCCAUAGCAGCCUGCUAUGUUUAUCGACAACAGAAAAACAGCGAGAUGUCCAACGAGCUGGUGGUGGAGGGCGAGGACUCGGCCCCGAUGAGCGAGGUCUGCUCCAGGACUCAGAUGGACGCCAUCGAGGAGCUCCAGGAGGAGGAGGAGGAGGAGCAGGAGUGACCCGUCAGCAGGGAGGGAGGGGAGGUGAAGCCGACCUCAACACGGAGCUUUGCUGAAGAGGAGACCGCCGGGUGUUUCGGUGCUGGAGAGCAGAGAGAGGACCUGAGAGUGGUUUGGUUUCAGAGGUUCUCCUGACAGAACUGAGGUCUUCGUCACGUCAACCGACACCAUUAAAACGCACACUGUAAAGAAAGCCAUGCACCUCCAAGUGUUCAUCCAUCUGUGUAAAUACGUCUUCCGACCUUUUCAACAGUUCUCAUAGUUCUGCAUCAUCACAUCAGCGGGUGUAUUAACAGUUUUCAUGUGUUUACCGGUAAACAAGGGAAAAAUCGACACGGGAGAAACUCUUCCUCCUCAGCGGCAAGAAUGACACGUCUCGAGUGGUAGUGGAGUUGCCAAAAUACAGAGUUCAUUAUGUUAUUUUAUCAAGAUUAAGCGGCAAGGCCUUGCUUGAAUUCAAAUAUAGACAUGUUGUGGGACUUGUUGGGUUGUGCAAUCGUAUUUUACAUACAACGGUGUACAGAUUAUUGUCGUUUUCUAUAGGUAAUGCAUUGUGUAUAUUUAAUUACCCAGAGGGGUCAGGAAUCCCUCGUUAUAUCACUGCGUGUUACAGAAUACAGUUAUGAUUGUUCACUUUCCAUGCAGUCUGGGAGUCGAUCUACUUUUGUUUUGCCAAGCAUUUUCCUGGUAUUAUUCAGGCUGUCGUAUGUACUGUAUAUACUGUAUAGGCAUUCUUAUUUGGCAAAAUAAAUUGCUUUAUUAUUAA